AUGAAUAUACGCCGUACGAAAGACGGGAACACCCUACUUUUAUACGUCGGGAGAGGUUUCGGGAUGCGUGAAGACAGCGGGGGCCGCUUCGUUCGAGCUUGGAAAACUCCGCUUCAUUACUUCCGGGGAAUUUCUAUUAUCGGAAGUUGUCUGGACGGAAGGACAAUUCCAGGACGGAUUACACAGAAUCCCGGGGGAGUGGGCCGAAACAUAGCAGACUGUCUGGGCAAAAUAUCCGACGAAGGGCUCCUGUUCAUCUCGGCCGUUGGAAAAGACCAAUUCGGCCAGUUUCUACUUGAAAGCAUUCGUCAUAUUGAUCAUCGUGGUGUGCAAUCUGUGGAAGAUGAAAGGACCGCCUGUUAUUCUGUACUGAUUGACGGAAAAGGAGAGGCGAAGUUUGCCGUAGGAGAUAUGAACAUCAAUUCCAAAAUAUCAAAGGAUGUAGUCAGUAACUACGUAAACGAAUUUAGAGAGAGUUCGAUUGUAAUAAUGGACGGAAACAUCCCACAGGAGACACUCAAUUAUGUCAUUGAGCAGGGUUCGGAACAUAAUGUUUCAGUUUGGUUCGAACCGACGAGCGUAUUGAAAUCUGCGAAACCGUUCGAGACCCCUUUAUGGAAAUCGCUUGCUUGCAUAUCGCCGAAUAUGACCGAACUCAAAGAAAUGGCCAACGCAGUAGGUGUGAAAUUCGACGAGGAUUUCGAUCAGACCGACGUAAAUAAUCUAUUAAAGCAGAUCGUAUACCUAACAAGUCCCCUAGCGGAACAUAUCCCUUUGAUAAUGGUGACUUUGGGGAAAUUUGGCAUUCUAAUGGUGACCAAAUACAAUUCAGAUGCCCCUGUAAAAAGUGUAUUCCUGGAGUCGUCAAAUAAAGAAACAAUGGUGAGAUAUUAUCCAACCAUACCUUUGGACGAUGUCGUCAAUUCCUUAGGAGCUGGAGACAGCGCUGCCGCGAGCUUCGCAGAGGGGAUGCUCCGGGGCUUGACGGAGCCCGAAUGUAUAACUUUGAGCCAUUUAGCUUCAGCCGAGGCUUUGCGAAGUCCUACGGCAAUUCCGACCCAGUUCAAACAUGACAGGCAAUCAGCCAGCAGGGCUCAAUUUCUAGAAAUCUCGUUUUCAACGCGUCGUUAGAAACUUACUCUGGUCGUCGAAAGGCGUUGAUUAUGAUUUCACCCCACAUCCUUUGUUUUAUACAUAUUUUUUAUUAUUAUUUCAUCUUGCAUGGUUUAUAAAAAUUAUAUCAAUGUUUGCGACAAAUAUUACCAAAACAUAUUGUAGUUUUUAUCAUUUGUACAUGUCAAAUAAAUCUUUUUACCCUUAAUGUU